AUGCUUGACCAAACAAAAGUUCCCUCUGAAAAACAAAGUCAAUACGAUCGUCUAAGCAUUGAGGAAAUGCAAGAUUUUCUUGUAGUCUGGCUCGAUUAUUACGUUCACAGCAGCAAUCAAGACUAUCAGAAUGCAAUCACACAACUUCAACAUAUUGUUACUGAUAUUCCCAUAUUUACUGACAAUGAUCAAUGCAUCGAUUUUAUUCUCAACAACAUCCACUCAAAAGUGUGUCUCAUCACGUCAGGAUCAAUUGGACAACUUAUCUUACCAUGUAUACAUGACAUUCCAAACAUUGAUUCCAUCUUCAUCUUCUGUGACAAUCAAAAUCGACAUGAACAAUUGGCAAAAAAAUGGUUAAAGGUGAAAUGUGUCUCCAUAGACAUUAUGACUAUUUGUGAGCAGCUGAAACAAAUCAUUCGUCGGCAUGAGCUCAAUGACAUUCCCAUGAGUUUCGUACAACCUGGCAAAAGACCAGAUCAACUUGAUCCAUCAUUCAUGUACACACAAAUCAUCAAAGAAAUAUUGUUGACCAUUAGAUUCGAACAUAAACACAUCAAAGAAUAUGUGGAUUUCUAUUGUGACAAGUUUGUUGACAAUGACGUUGAUCGAAAGAGAGUGAGGCAACUGGAAGAUGAAUAUGACAAGCACACACCCAUUUGGUGGUACACAACAGAGAGAUUUCUGUAUGGUAUGUUGAAUCAUGCACUGCGAGUGAUGGAUGGUAAAGUGAUGACUUUGAUGGGCUUUUUCAUUAGUGAUCUUCAUCGACAAAUCGAACAACUGCACAAACAACAGUUCAGAGGCAAAACCAGUGUCGAAACGUUCACAGUUUAUCGCGGUCAAAGUUUGUCAAAGAAAGCUUUUGAUGAGCUGGUGGCAUCGAAGGGUGGAUUGAUGUCAUUCAACAACUUCCUGUCAACCAGUACAAAUCGCGACGUCUCUCUCAUCUUCACUCUAGGGAGUGAAAAGAGCGGAGAUGUUGUAAGCGUCCUGUUUGUCAUGACAAUUAAUCCAAAGGAAUCAACGACAGUGUUAGCUUCCGUUCGGGAUAUCAGUCAGUUUGAACAAGAGGAAGAAGUUUUGUUUUCGAUGCACAGCAUCUUUCGCAUCAAUGAUGUAAAGCCAAUGCAAGAAAAUGAGGAAGUGUAUGAGGUGGAGCUGUUGCUGACAAGUGACAAUGAUGAAGAGUUGCGUGUGCUAACUGAGCAAAUUCGAAAAGAGAGUUUUCCAGAUGCCGAAGGAUGGAAGCGAUUGGGUCUGGUGUUCAGUAACAUAGGACAGUUAGAUAUUGCUGAACAAAUCUAUAGAGUUACAGUAAAUGAAAAAUUUGCUGGCUGCCUUCAAGCAGAUACUUACAAUCAACUUGGUACAAUUAAAUAUAAGCAAGGACAACAUGAAGAGGCUAUAAUACUUUAUCACAAAUCUCUUGAAAUUCAACAACAAUCACUUCCAUCCAAUCAUCCUGAUGUGGCAUCAUCCUACAACAACAUCGGUAAUGUGUAUAGAAACAUGGGUGAUUAUUCCAGAGCACUUUCGUCAUAUGAACGAGCUCUCAGUAUUAGACAACAAUCACGUCCAUCCAAUCAUCCUGAUAGCACUUUUGUCAUAUGA